AUGUCGGUUCCGCCCUUGCUCGCGUACAACAGUGUCUAUGUCCGCAACCUGGAAGAACGGGUCAAGCCCGAACCGCUCAAGGAGGCCUUGACGGCCGUCUUCUCCGAUUAUGGCAACAUUAUCGACAUCGUGGCCAAGACCAACCUCAAGGCCAAGGGCCAGGCCUUUGUCGUCUUUGAUGACCCAGCCGCCGCCGCCAAGGCCGUCGACGAAGUUCAGGGCUUUGAGCUCUUCGACAAGCCAAUGAUUGUCGCCCUGGCGCGCACGCGGAGUGAUGCGACCGUGCUGAGCACAGGCGACAAGGACGAGUUUGAGCAGCACCAGCGCAGGCGGCUGGCUGAAAAGGACAAGAAAAAGGCCCUCGAGGCAGCCGAGGAGCAGAAGCGUCUCAAGCGUGGCGCCGCGGCCAGCGCUCCCACAGACCCCAACGCCAGGCCGUCCAAGACCGCGCGCGGCGCCGGCCUCAAGUCCACAGCUCCCCAGGCCAACACGGUCGUGCCCGACGAGUACCUCCCGCCCAACAAGAUCCUGUUCGUGCAGAACCUGCCCGACGACUACGACAUCGAGUCUCUCACGGCCAUCUUCGGCCGGUUCGAAGGGUUCCGCGAGGUGCGCAUGGUUCCUGGUCGCAAGGGUAUUGCGUUCGUCGAGUACGAAGCAGAGGCAGGCGCGAUCACGGCAAAGGAGAACACCGCGGGCAUGCCGCUGGCCGACGGCACCAAGUUGAUGAAGGUCACGUACCAGCGGCAAUAG